AUGGAGGCUAAACGGAAUAUACCUCAAAAUCUUGAAGAAUUGGAAGUUUACUUAUUACUACAAAAAGCUAAAUUGUUACAGUAUUAUGAUGCAUUUAUAAAUCAUGGUGGUGAUGAUGUUCAACAGUUAACUGAAUUGUUAAAGGAUCCUAAAGAAUUUAAUCAACUCAUCAAAUUAGUUGGAAUGGAUAAAAAACCUUUGCAUAUUCAAAGAUUAAAAAAAGCACUUUUACAAUAUUCACCACAAAAUAUUACUACAUCUACAAGUCAACAACAAAAAUAUACAAAUAAUAAAGAACCAUUUUCAGUUACUUCUCAUUAUUCACAAGAUGAAAGAAUUUUAAAUCAUGAUUCUGUUACUAAUACUCUUACAUCUUCAAAUUGGUGUCCAUUUCUACCACCAACAGUAUAUUCAGGAUUGAAUAUGUUUCCAACUCCAUCAAUAAUUAAUUCACUUCCAACAACACAGUGUAUUCUUCCAACAAAUCUUCAAAAUAUAAAUCCUAUCUUAAAUCAAUGGGCAUUAUUAAAUAAUCCACAGAAUUAUUCAAUGUUUCAAGCUUUAGCGAUGGGAAUUAUAAAUCAACAACAAUUAAUUACACCAAUGAAGACAGAAAUAGACGAAAAUGAUAAUAAAUUUGUUACCUUCGAGAAUCUUGUUACUGCAUCAUUUAAUUCACCUAUUUCAAGACUAUCUGGCUACAAUGAUUCAGUUGAACAAUUAGUUCAUGAAAGUAACCAACACCAUCACUAUCUUAACAAUAACAACAGUAAUCCUCACAAUCAAGUAACUAAUCAUGAUCUAACUGAGACAAGUCAAUCUCCAACACAAAGUACAAUAGAUAGUCCUAAUUCAGAGAAUAUUAUUUCAAGAAAUAAUUCACCACUUCCACAACUAUCAUUACCAUCAAAUUUACAACCUUCUACAUUGAUAUCUUAUAUCCCUUCAUCUAGUAAUUCAGAAAUAGAUUUAACUACAUGUACACAGAUUAAUAUCCCACAAUUAUUGAUGACAACAAAUUAUUCUGAAGAUUUAUUGAAAGUACGUCCAAGUGCUACAUUAAUGAAAUCAGAUUAUAUUAAAUUAGAAUUUGCUAUCAAUGCAUUAAUACCAUAUCUACCUAAAUUUUAUAUCAGGAAACCAAAUCCACGAAAUUCAAAUGAACAAGAAAUUCAGGAAAUUUUAAAAUUACCAGAGAAUGAUUCAAAUAGAAUUAAUGGAUUGAAAAAGCAUUCAAUGAUAUUUGGACGCAUGGAUACAGCUAAACGUUUAACCAGACCAUUAAGACACUUUGAGAUUACUAUUAAUGAGAUAACAAAUCGUUUAGUACAACAAAUUCCUGAAUUGGUUACACAACGUGAGCAUUUAUUUCAUAUAGCACGUCAAAUAGUUAAUAUUAUGAAUUAUGGCUUAAGCGUCGAUCAAAUCGGUCAGGUUACCUGGAAGAUGCUGAAACAAGAAGCCUCAGAAAAAUCCACUUCAGAUUACAAAUUGUCGAGUUCAGAUGAUGAAUGUUUAUUUGAAGCCAUUGAAGCGGACUGUUCAAAUGAGACAUUGAUUCAGAUACUUCUUCAACUGAAAUUAGAAAUGCAAGAUAUUGUAAAUAAAGAAGAUAGCCUACGUAUUAAAAUUCGUUUUCCUGAUAAGGAUUCAGCAUCAAAUGGGAAUACAAAUAGUUUACGUCGUGAUUUGGAGAAACUUGUCAGUCAGUUGCAUAAAUGUAUCAGUAAAACUGCAAAGUAUACUGUCUUACUGAAAAGCGCUCCGAAUAAUCCAGCAGAAACUGUUGAAUAA